AUGUUAUCGUCGCAACUUCGUCAUAUACUUCAUGUAUGCUGUUUUCUAACAUUUAUUUUUAUAUUCGAAAUACUGGCCGGUGGCAUUGUUAUUUUUCCACCGAAUCAAAUAACUUCCAAUAUUCUCCUUGAUAAUCCGAUUGAUCACUAUGGUUUUUUCUUAACGAUAAUUAUUUAUUUUAUACGUUUAUUAUCACUAUUACCAUUACCAUUGGCUAUAUGCCAUGCAUGUGGCUUAAUUCUCUAUAAUGUUUUUCCGGAUCGACCAACAUUACUGAAUUCACCAUGGCUUGGUCCGAAAAUUCUCAUACGUGUUGUGACACGCGGUGAUUAUGCGGACUUAGUACGAACAAAUAUAAGAAGAAAUAUAGAUACAUGUGCCAAAGUUGGUUUCAAUAAUUUUCAAAUUGAAAUCGUUACUGAUAAACCCAUUAGUCUAACUGGUCUGCCGUUAAGUAUGGUUCGUGAAGUUGUUGUACCAAAUGAUUAUCGAACGAAGACAGGUGCUUUAUAUAAAUCACGCGCUUUACAAUAUGCAUUAGAACCCGAUGUUAAUCAAUUGUCACCGGAUGCUUUUAUUGUACAUUUAGAUGAAGAAACUCUAUUGACAGAAAAUUCUGUACGUGGAAUAUUGAAUUUUGUCAAUUCCAAUGAAUAUGAUAUUGGACAAGGACUGAUAACAUAUGCAAAUGAAACCAUUGUUAAUUAUAUAACAACAUUGGCUGAUAGUAUGCGUGUCGGUGUUGAUUUAGGAUGUUUAAGAUUUUGUUUAAAAAAAAUUAAUCGGCCACCAUUCUUAUUCAAGGGAUCAUUUGUCGUAUGUCGAGCUCAAUGUGAAAUGGAAGUUACAUUUGAUAAUGGACGUGCAGGUUCAAUAGCUGAAGAUACCUAUUUUGCUAUGUUAGCUAUGUCGAAAAAUAAAAAGUUUGGAUGGAUUGAAGGUGAAAUGUGGGAAAAAAGUCCAUUUACAUUAUCGGAUUUUAUUAAACAACGUAAACGAUGGUUACAAGGAAUUCUACUUGUUGUUCAUGAUUCACGUUUGCCCAUUCGAGUUCGCAUUGGAUUAGGAAUCGCCUUGUAUUCCUGGGUUACAUUACCAUUGACUUCCUUAAAUGUUAUACUUACUCCACUUUGUCCCAUACCAUUACAUUGGACAUUAAACUUUUUAAUUGGCUAUGUUGGAGCUGUUAAUAUCUAUUUAUAUAUAAUCGGCGCAGUCCGUUCAUUCUCAUUAGUACGUUUAGGCUAUUCACAAUUUGCACUGCGAAUAUUUGGUACAUUAGCCACAAUUCCAUUCGUUAUUGUAUGCGAAAUAACUGCAGUUCUUUGGGGUUUAUUUAGCGACAAAAGCAAAUUUUAUAUUGUUGAUAAACAAUUAGGGCCAAUGCUCCAACGAUUUUCUUUUUCUAUUGGCAUUAUUGUUCUGGCCUCGACUGGAGCUGCAUAUAUAAAUAAAGACGAUCAAUCAUCAUCGUCUGCUGUUGGUGGUACUAAAUCACACACUAGUUCAAUGAGUUCAUCAGAAGAAGUUUCGUGGAUUUCAUGGUUCUGUGGUCUUCGUGGUAAUGAAUUCUUUUGUGAAGUUGACGAAGAUUAUAUACAAGAUAAAUUUAAUUUAACGGGUCUUAAUGAACAAGUGCCUCAUUAUCGUCAAGCACUCGAUAUGAUCCUUGAUCUUGAGCCUGAUGAUGAUCUUGAUAAUCAAGACAAUCCAAAUCAAUCUGAUUUGAUUGAACAAGCUGCUGAAAUGCUCUAUGGCCUUAUUCACGCUCGUUAUAUUUUGACUAAUAAUGGUAUAGCUCAAAUGCUUGAAAAAUUUCAAAAUGGUGAUUUUGGUCUUUGUCCUCGUAUUUAUUGUGACAACCAACCUAUGUUACCGAUUGGUUUAUCGGAAGUUCCUGGUGAAGCAAUGGUUAAACUUUAUUGUCCCAAAUGCAUGGAUGUUUAUACACCAAAAAGUUCUCGACAUCAUCAUACAGAUGGCGCAUAUUUUAGUACUGGUUUUCCUCAUAUGCUAUUUAUGGUUCACCCAGAAUAUAGACCAAAACGUCCAACAAAUCAAUUUGUAGCUCGACUCUAUGGCUUUAAAAUUCAUUCUCUAGCUUAUCAAUUGCAAUAUCAAGCAGCUGCUAAUUUCAAACAAUCAAAUUCAACUUCAGUUAUUCCAAGUAGCGCUGGUGGUACAACAACAACUCGGCCACUUAUUAAAGACUAG